AUGGUUAAGAUAACUGGGUUCACCACACGGGACGUGAGGUUUCCAACCUCCCUCGACAAGACCGGCUCUGAUGCUAUGAACGCUGCGGGUGACUAUUCCGCAGCUUAUUGCAUCAUCUACACAGACUCUCCGCACGCUGGACAUGGAAUGACCUUCACCAUUGGUCGCGGAAAUGAAAUCGUCUGCUCUGCCAUCUCCCUCCUGGCUCCUCUCGUGGUUGGAAAAGACUUGGACGAGCUCACGGCCGACUGGGGCAAGACAUGGCGAUACCUUGUAUCCGACAGCCAGCUUCGCUGGAUCGGGCCCGAGAAAGGUGUCAUCCACCUUGCGCUGGGAGCAGUCGUUAACGCUCUUUGGGAUUUGUGGGCCAAGACCCUCAACAAGCCUGUCUGGCGGAUCGUGGCCGAGAUGACACCCGAGGAGUAUGUUCGCUGUGUCGACUUCCGGUAUAUCACCGAUGCCAUUACCCCUGAAGAGGCUAUUGCUCUUCUGAAAGAGGUCGAGGCUGGUAAGCAGGAGCGUAUCAAGGAGGCGGAAGAGAGUCGUGCUGUGCCUGCUUACACCACGAGUGCUGGAUGGCUUGGAUACAGCGAGGAGAAGCUUAAGGCUCUUUUGAAAGAGACUGUUGGGCAAGGUUACAGACAUUUCAAGCUCAAGGUUGGAGGGGAUAUCGAGGAUGACAAGAGGAGAUUGAAAAUUGCCCGCGAAGCUAUUGGCUAUGACAAGGGUAACAUUCUGAUGGUUGAUGCCAACCAGGUCUGGUCUGUACCAGAUGCUAUCGCAUGGAUGCAAGAACUCGCCGAAUUCAAGCCUUGGUUCAUCGAAGAACCCACCUCCCCCGAUGACAUCCUCGGCCAUGCAGCCAUCAAGAAGGCCCUGGAAAAUACCCCAUACGGCCCCAUUGGCGUGGCCACUGGCGAGAUGUGCCAGAACCGCGUGAUCUUCAAGCAACUCCUGCAGGCAGGGGCCUUGACAGUUCUCCAAGCCGAUGCAUGCCGAGUCGGUGGUGUCAACGAAGUCCUAGCCAUCCUGUUGCUUGCUCGCAAGUUCGGUGUGCCAAUUGUCCCUCACUCUGGUGGUGUCGGGUUGCCAGAGUACACCCAGCAUCUCAGCACCAUCGACUAUGUGGCGGUUACUGGUAAGAAGAGUGUGCUCGAAUAUGUCGACCACUUGCACGAGCACUUUGUGCACCCGUCCAGCGUCAAGGAUGGCUACUACGUUACUCCCAUGGAGGCUGGAUACAGUGUUGAGAUGAAGCCUGAAAGCAUGGAUGCGUUUUCUUUCCCUGGUGAGGAGGGUAAGAGUUGGUGGAAGUCCGAUGCCGCGAAGCCAAUCAUAGAGGGUCCUAGGAUAUGA